GUUCACUCAAGCGGUGUCAUUUUCACAAGGUGUUAUUUUCACAGGGUGCCAUCGGAUCUGAUCAAGGUUUGGAUCAUGAAAUUAUCUACCGGUGUCCCAGCGAAGUCUUCCGACGUUCGCCUUCUGUGAAUCGCCAACAAAUUGCACUGCACGAAUGUCGGCAUCCAUGUCGCUGUAUAAAACGGAGAAGGAGCCGCCCUCAAUUCAUUACUACUCAGGCUUGUGUUAUAGUGGCACUCAGUCAAUAUCUACCUUUCCCCUCAUUUCUUUCUCGUCAUGCAUCAAUCCUUUGCAACACUUGUUACUUUGGCUCUACAUUUUGUCGCGACUCUCGCGACUAUCAACACCUCUGGUGACCUAACCAUUUCUGCCGCCGUCGUCUCUCCGGAUGGUUACAAUCGAACCGCUUCUUUGGCGGGAGGAUCGGUUGUCGGGGAGUUAAUUACCGCAACUACGGGAGACACACUUGAAAUAAAUGUGGUCAACGAUUUGGAUAAUGAUGAUAUGCUCAAAACCACAACGAUUCAUUGGCACGGCAUCUUCCAGACGAAUACGACCUGGGCAGACGGCGUCGCCUUUGUAUCGCAAUGUCCUGUUGCCUCAGGGGAUUCAUUUUUGUACAGUUUUCCAACAACCGGCCAAGCUGGUACAUUUUGGUAUCAUUCUCAUCUGUCUACGCAAUACUGCGACGGUGUUCGUGGACCCCUCAUCAUCUAUGACGACGACGAUCCUCACGCAUCGCUGUACGAUGUUGACAAUGAGACUACUGUGCUUAGUCUGUUUGAUUGGUAUCACUCCUUCGCAGAGACCUUGACCCUCCCUACCCCCGAUUCGAGUCUUUUGAACGGAGAGGGAAUUUAUUAUGAAGAUGGAACUGGCUCUCUUUCAGUAGUCACAGUGGAAUCUGGUACACGAUACCGGUUCCGUUUGAUUAACAUGGCUUGCGAUUCGAACUUUGUUUUCCAAAUCCAGGACCAUAAUAUGACCGUAAUCGAAGUUGAUGGUGUUAAUGUCGAAGCAUACACAGUUGACGAGAUUCAGAUUUUUGCCGGUCAGCGCUACUCGUUCGUUCUGACCGCAGAUCAGGCCGUCGACAAUUAUUGGAUCCUCUUCGACCCCGAUGUAGGAACCACUGGAUUUGAUUUGAACAUCAACUCGGCUAUUUUGCGCUAUAACGGAGCCAACGAGACGAAUCCCGCGGCUGCUACAGUUACAAGCACGAACGCUCUUGUUGAGACAAGCAUUGUUCCGCUAGACCCUGGCGUGCCGGGUACUGCUACCGCUGGAGGUGUCGACGAUGCGAUCAACUUGGCUGUGGCAUUCACAUCCGACUUCACAUUCACCGUCAACGGCGUAGAAUAUGUACCACCAACUGUGCCUGUGUUGCUUCAGAUCUUGAGUGGUGCUGAAGAUGUAUCAAGCCUUCUCCCUAAUGGCUCGAUCUAUUACUUGCCAAAGGACUCAAGCAUUGAGCUCUCGGUUCCUGCUGGUGUUGCCGGCGGACCACAUCCCCUCCACCUUCACGGUCAUAACUUCGAUGUUGUUCGUUCUGCAGGAAGCGACACGUACAACUACGAUAAUCCUGUUCGUCGCGACGUUGUCAGUCUUGGCGCAGCUGGCGAUAAUGUCACUAUCCGCUGGACGACUGACAACCCCGGACCCUGGAUCCUUCAUUGUCACAUUGACUGGCACUUGGCACUUGGCUUCUCCAUCGUUUUUGCAGAAGAUGACGGUGACUGGAAUUCAACCAUUACUCCAUCCACUGCAUGGGAUGAUCUCUGUCCCAUCUAUGAUGACUUGGAUUCAUCAGAGUUAUAAUUAAUCCGACCUGGGCUUUAACGAAGGACUAUUAUUGUAAUGGUGACAUUAGCUAUCAUUCGUUUCUUUUAUUUAACCAACUUUUAACUCCCUUAACUAUGUUAUGAUUAUGUUGUCGGACCCUCCUCUGCGUCACCUUUAUCUACAGUGUAGAUUGUUUAUUGAAUGUUCUGUAAUAACAUGAAGGCUUUACCC